CGAUAAUGUUUACUCUAAUAAACAACGAACAUAUGUACAUAGAAUAGCAGUGGAUUUUUCUCCAAAAAGGCAUCAGGAAAUUCUACAUACAGAAAGUACUACAAAGUGAGACUAGUUCGGCCUUGGGAAAAAUAUUAACACUAAGCCGAUAAAUUUGAAGCUACAAGUGUAAAAGUCGACAACAUUAAUAAAAAUAUAGAAAACCAAAAUGGGCGGCGGCAAAAAUAUACGCCGCGGCCUAGAGCCAUUGGAAUUUGAAGAAUGUUUUGUUGACAGUCCAGAGUUUCGUGAAAAUUUAAAUCGACAUGAGAAGGAACUGGAUCAUACUAGUCAUCAAAUUAAACGCAUAAUAAAGGAGGUGAAAGAUCUUAUGAGUGCGGCAAAAGUACUUUCCAGUCGAAUGAAACAAUUGGCCAUUUUACUUAACGAUUUUAACUUUGAGUGCAUAGGUACGGCACAAACGGAUGAUGAGAAUGUCAUUUGUGAAAGCCUAAAACGUUUUGGUGCUAUCAUUGGCAAUAUUGAAGAUGAACGCGAAAAAAUGCUUACCCUUGCUGAUAAACAUAUUAUUGAAGCUUUAGAGGACUUUCGAAAAAAACAAAUCGGAAGUGUGAAAGAAAAUAAAAAGAAGUUUGAUAAAAAAACGGAAAAAUUUUGUCAGUCGCAAGAGCGUUUUCUGAAUAUGUCUAUAAAAAAACCCGAAAACGCAAUACAGGAGGCCGAUGCCAGUUUAGGCAUGCACGAACGAGAGUAUAUUCAGGAAUCACUUAGUUAUGUUUUGCGCAUACAAGAAGUGCAAGAAAGAAUAAAAUUCGAGUUUGUCGAAAUAUUGCUGGCUUUUAUUUCCGGCUGGUUAGUUUUUUAUCAUACAGCACACGAACAAGCUGAAGAUCAUAGAGACUAUCUGCAAGAUUUAAGGCACAAGGUACAAAAGACCCGUGAAAAUUUCGAGGAAGCUCGUGAAAAAGUAACUGAACUAAAAACCAAAUAUAUGGAAAAACGCACAAAACCUGAGGAAGUUUUCACGAAACGUGGAUACCUAUUUUUAAUGGAAAAAAGUUCCCUUUUGAAAAUGUCACUUCUAGAGCCAUUCAAAGCAACAUGGACAAAAUACUAUUGCACAUUUAAGAAGCAAAAGCGCGAAUUCACCAUGCUCCAAUUUAAUCAAAUGAAUCACAAUUUUACGAGACCAGAAACUCGCGAGGACGAGAAGCUAACACUUUUUUCCUGCCAACGCCGGGCUUCCGAGUUCGAGAAGCGCUUUUGCUUUGACUUAACAUUUAAAGAAAAGCCCGGAUUAGUCUACACUUUUCAAGCUUUAAGUGAAAAGGAUCAUUGCUAUUGGCUUAGCGCGAUGGAUGGAACGGAACCGACAUAUCUAGCUCCGGGAAAAAUUAAAGUCACAGAAGCAUACCAAUUGGAUGAGCCUGGAUUCAUAUUUGUUCGGCGCUGUAUUCAAGUAUUAGAAAGCCGUGGACUGGAAGAUGAAGGGAUUUAUCGAAAAAGUGGUGUUGGAACAAAGAUUAGCAAGCUAUUAACUUUAGGCAUAAAUCGAAAAGAAACCGAUGAUGUUUUCAUUGACGAUAAGUACCGCGAUUUAAUGGAGAGUAACACUAUUGCCAGCGCCCUCAAAAUGUAUCUGCGGAACCUUAACGAACCAUUAAUGACGUAUCAUUACCAUGGUGAUUUCAUUGAAUCAGCUAAACUGGAAACCCUGAAUCAACGCGUAAAUGAAGUACAUAAGCUAGUCUACAAAUUGCCAAAACCUAAUCUUGAAAUGCUGGACAUGGUUAUUUGUCACUUAACAGAGGUUUCACGCAAAUACGAAAAAAAUAAAAUGUCCGUAUUUAAUCUGGGAGUUGUUUUUGGACCAACAUUGUUACGACCGAAAGAAGAAACAGUUGCAGCCAUAUUGGAUAUUAAGUUUAAUAAUAUUGUAAUCAACAUACUUAUUGAUAACUAUGAGAGGAUUUUUAAGAACCUUCCAAGCGGCGGUGUCACAUCCGUAGACGCCAGCAAGGCACCGUGCAUAAUGUACCCUCCCAGUGCAAACAGUCCGCCGGCGCGCAUGCCCCGCGCCUCUCAAAUAGGAAAGGCCGCGUCCACAGGUGCUGUGGGGACUGGUGCAGAACGGAAUGCGAUGUUCUCAUCGCAGCAUAAAGCCUAUCGCACAGUUACGCAAUCCAAAUCAAGCUAUACGGAGCCUGCAAUGUCGUCUAGCCUACAAAAUAUUCCAAACGGAGCAAACACGAAUUAUGCCCCCUCCCAAGGCCAGACAAGUGGCAGUAAUGCUACAGCGACUUCCAGUGGAUCGGCAGCCGUCAGUACCUUGCGUGGCGGUGAAUGCACAUCACUCUCGCCCUCCCUCCACAUUUCAAAUGGCCCAGUGUCAUCUACCACAAUUGGAAGUAUUAAGAACUUAAACGCGAUAGCACAGAACGAGCUAAGCUCACGACGUUAUGCUACCAGCGCGUGUGUUGAUCCUGUGGCCGGUACCGUUUAUGGGCUCUUGAAUCCCAACAUGGGCAGCAGUGGUGCGAGUAGUACGAGCAAUUUGCGGCACCCUGAGUACCUGUUGGCCACGGCCACUCCAGUGUCUCAAUCUGCCUCCAGUACCCACAUAUAUACAAACACGGCUGGUGGUGGUAGUGGCGGUGUUGGUGCUUCCCAAAGCAACCGAAUGAGUCUAACCAAUGUUUCCCCGCCCAUUACUACCACACGAAAAGAUCGCUUAGUUAGUAAUGCAUUGGGGAGUGCAGCCACAUCGAGUGGUCCACAGCAGCAUCCUCCAGUCCAACGCGGUCUCUAUUCGUACGGACAGACAAAGCAUUAUUCCCCCAUGGUGCCAGCAUCGACAUCGAGCUCCAACGAUAGUGUAUGCGACUCACUUUCAUCAAAUAAUGGCUUCACCUCUGUGGUAGUAAAUGCUAACAGCGGCAGUGGCAGUGCACCUGAGCCCUUUAGCACGCGGAAUUUGAAAAACUACGCGGCGUCAGCCACGUCACAGACUGCAUCGUUGUCAACACUUCUGGGGCCAACUUGCGGCGAUGAUAUCGUAAUGGCAACAGUGGCACCCACCACAAUAGGUAAUAACACUGUUAUUGGUGGGAGUCUUAGCGGUAGUGGCUCCAUUAACGAAACCUCUGACUAUCCACCUGCUAAAAUGCAUCGCAAUCGUGACAUAAACCAAAUUGAACGUGAUUUGUCAACUGGCACAGCGCGCGUUCGUACCCUAUACGCUUGCAUGGGAGAAAGUGAGGGUGAGCUUUCGUUUGAGCCAAAUCAAAUAAUAACAAAUGUUCGAUAUUCCCACGAGCCUGGGUGGUUGCAAGGCACAUUAAAUGGUAAAACAGGACUCAUUCCGGAGAACUACGUGGAACACUUGAAAACACAUCAAUAGAUCGUAUUCUUAUAAAGUUAUAUACUUAAUUUUCACAUUUAAACAGGCGUGCUCCGGUUUUUAUAUAAUUCUUUUUGCGUUUUCGGCAAAAAAAUACGAUUUUGUUAUCAGGUACUCUGGUUUUUGCAAACUUGUUUUCAUCGUUUUGUUAUAUUUAUUUAUAUUAUAUAUAUGUAUAUAAUAUUUAAUUAUUUGUUUCUACUCAAACAGCUGACUUCGUUGUUUUCAAAUGAAAAAAAAGAGUGUUAAAAUGGCUUUUAUUUUUCGAUUGUUGGUUUUGAAGUAAAAUAAAGGCAAAUAAUUUUAAGAAAUUUUUUUUCUUCUUGUCUUUGCAAGAAGUAUCCGAAUUUAUGAACAAAUAUGCUUUAACUUUUAAUUUCGCAAAGAUUAACCUGCCCGUUUUUGAAAACGCAAAUGGAGCGCAAGAAACUUGCGAAAAUGAAAACCGGAGCACGACUAAUAGUAAUGGAGAAAAUGCUAACUAAUGAGAAGUUUUAACAUAACCGUUAUCUAAACAAAGUUUGGAUGUCUGUUCUAAAAUGCCAACCCAGGAAACCACCAGUUUACCCUAGAAGUAAAUAUAUAUAUAUAUAUUUCCAUGACUUUAGAAUGUACAAACUUAUAUUUAGAUCAUAUGAAGUAUAAACUCAGUCUAACGGCAAAGAUUUUUUUAUUGAUUGUUAUGCGCUUAAUUUGUUGCUUAAUUAUAAAUAAUUCUUUUACUUUGUGUAAAAUUUAAUGGAUUAUAAAGUAUCUAAUCUUAAUUGCAAUUCUAAGAAAAUAAAUAGCUAGUGCCUUAUAAAUAUAUUGGAAUUUUGUCUUGCCACAGAAUCCUACCAUAACUCAUCUUUGGCUUCUUCAAUUCUCUGUAGUUAAUGUUAUAUAAUUACAUUCUUUUUUUUCUGUUUGUCAUUACUGCAACUAUGGGAUGCUCUAAUUUUUUUUUCAGUUUAGAAU